AUGACGCAGGCGUCAAUCAACCUCGACUUAAAUGAUGAAGACUCCAUAAAAGCCGCUGCCAAAACCGCCGCAGCCGGCAUGCUGAAAUACUACACGGGCAACCAACCAGGCGAUGUACCAGGCAACAUCCCAGACCCCUACUACUGGUGGGAAGCAGGCGCAAUGUUCGGAGCAAUGGUGGAAUACUGGUACUACACCGGCGACACAAAAUGGAACGAAAUAACAACCCAAGCCCUCCUCUGGCAAGUAGGCGACGAAAACAACUACAUGCCCCAAAACCAAACCCUCUCCCUUGGAAACGACGAUCAAAUAUUCUGGGGCUUCGCCGCCAUGUCCGCCGCCGAACUGAAAUAUCCCGAUCCACCCGCUGAUCAACCGCAGUGGCUGGAACUCGCUGAGAAUACCUUCAAUUCGCAGGCAACACGUUGGGACACGGCUACCUGUGGGGGUGGAUUGCAUUGGCAGGUUUUUGAGUAUAAUGGUGGGUACUCGUAUAAGAACACGAUUUCGAAUGGUGGGUUCUUUAAUGUUGCUGCGCGGUUGGCGCGGUAUACUGGGAAUGAGACGUUCGUUGAAUGGGCGGACAAAGUAUGGGAUUGGAGUGAGGCUUUGGGGUUGAUUAGUGAGGAUUAUCUUAUUCAUGAUGGCACGGAUAGUGUUGGGAAUUGUUCUGAGAUUAAUUCCCUGCAACAUGCGUAUCUGCCUGCGGUUUAUCUGCAUGGGGCUGCGAACAUGUAUAAUAUUACCAACGGCUCGGAAAUCUGGAAAACGCGCAUAGAAGGCAUAGUCAAAGGACUGUCAACCUUCUUCCCAAAUGGCAAGGGCAUAAUGGUCGAACCAUGCGAAAGAGGCCAGUGUGAUCUAAACUCGAGGUCUUUCAAGUCCUAUCUGGCGCGUUUCAUGGCUGCAACUAUCCCACUGGCCCCAUUCACCAAUGAAACGUUGUGGCACAAGAUCCAAGAAUCUUCCAAGGCUGCGGCGGAGCAAUGCAAUGGACCUGAUAACGCUUGUGGGCUGAGAUGGACUGAACGUACCAAGUAUGAUGGUUCUACUGGGAUCGGUGAGCAGAUGGCGGCACUGGAGAUCUUCAAGGCGAAUUUGGUGCAUACUGUCAAGGCGCCUGUUACGGAUAAGACUGGCGGGACUAGUAAAGGCAACUCCGGUGGAGAGAAGGGAUCUGGGUCUGGAUCUGGAUCUGGAUCUGGAGCGAGGGAGGAUAUUCGGACGAGGGAGAUUACGACUGCUGAUAAAGCUGGUGCUGGUGUUGUUGCUGCGUUGGCUGUUUUGCUGCCUCUUGGAGGUGCCGCUUUUAUGGUCAUAUGGUCAUAG